ACAAAGCCUUCUCCCGGAGGAGGGGAGUUUUCUACAGCGGAACGUUGUUGUACUGCACUGGUUUCCGGGCGGGAUGCUUUUUUCGGGACACCGGAGUGCAAUAAAUUUCCUUAACGUUCACAUUCAUCUGGGGCAUGGAGGCUACACGGAGACGCCUGUAUGUUGGUGGCAUCAGCCCUUCUGUCACGGAUGCAGAACUUUCUGAAAGGUUUGGGAGGUUCGGAAAGGUGGAUGCAGUGGACAUCAUUUCCCGGAAAGAUGAGCAGGGUAACCCUUUAAAGACAUUUGCUUACAUGAACAUUCAUAUCUCAGAUGCAGACUUUAAAAAAUGUCUCUCUGUACUAAAUAAGACAAAAUGGAAAGGAGGAGUAUUGCAGAUAGAGGUGGCCAAGGAAAGCUUCCUGCAUAAGCUGGAACAAGAGCGCCAAGCAGUCAAAGAUCAGAAAAAACCUAAAGAGCAAAAGCAGACAGACGGCGACCUUCUGCAGUCUCUCGAAAAAUCUGGCAUCACUGACUUUCAGAUGAAAGCAGCCGUGCCGGGCACCGAGGUUCCAAAUCAUAAGAACUGGGUGGUGAGCAAAUAUGGAAGAGUCCUGCCUGUGCUUCACUUAAAGGGCAACACACCAAACAAGAUUAUGAAAUACGAUCCCUCGAAGUAUUGCCACAACAUUAAAAAGCUAGACAACCCUUCACUUGAGCCUACACCCGUCUCCCAGCUGACUUGGUACCUCGAUGGGGGUGAGGAUGAUAUAAGCAAAAAACGCAGGGGAGAAUUUCCAGAAUUUAAGAGUUCAGUAAAGAAGAGCAAAGUAAAUCCUUAUCUUAACACAAGUAAGACUGAUGUAAAAGGGAGCAGCAUCAGAACUCCCCAGACCAGUCUGCAAAAGGCCACAAAUGCUUUUCAGUCUCAGCAAAAAAAAGAGUAUUUCCAGGACAAGAGCCGUGGUCGUAAAUCCAUUAACAGUAUGUUGGAUGAGGAGUAUGAUUCCGAAGAAGAGCUUAAAGCGAUUAUUGAAAGGGAGAAAAUGAUGAAGCAAAGUGAAAGCCAUAUUGAAGACUCCAACCUGGAGGUUGUUGAUGAUUCCUUUACACCCAGUUACCAAACUCAUUGGGCAGAGGUCAUGGGACAACACAGGAGAUCCAAUGCUAGCAGCAAAGAUGACAAUGGAUAUGACUCUGCCGAUACAGAUGAGAUCAUCACAGUUGCAAAGACCAGCCAGAAUUGCAAUAAUGGCAAGAAGGAAAAGUUCACUGCUCUAGCAAAACACAGUAAUGUGAUCUCCACAGAUCUGAGUAUCUCAAAAAGCAGUGUGAAAUGUGAAGAUGAGGAAGAUAGUAGGACAGAAGAAGAUAGUCAUGGUAAUGACUCGGACACACAAGGCAGCAGUGAUUCCUAUUCAGAUGAAGAAUAUGAGUCCAUGAUGCAGAACUGCUACCGACUGGAUCUGUCCAUGGGAGACCUUAAGGCACUUGUUGAUGAAGCUGCUGAAUCUGAUAACUCCGAUGAAAAUGAUUCUGACCAGGAAUAUGACUCUGAGGAUGCAGACAUUGGUAUUGCUGAUGCAAAGUGUGUGCAGCAUGAUACUGCGAGUGAUCUAAAGAGAUCAGAGGGCAAUCAAACCCCAAGAAAGAAGCAAAUAUCUAAAGAUCUGGAUCCAGGUCACUGUAGUAGUGCGCUAAGCUCAGAUAGGAGUAUUUCCCAUAUAGAAGGUGAGGGUGGAUCUGUGAAGCAAGGUCUCGGUCAGGUUGAUCUCAAGUUCAGAAAUUUAAAGUCCUUAGAAAUACCUGAUUCUAAAUCGUCUUCAGAUGACGAUGAUCAAACACAGAAAAAGCCAAAAAGCAGCGAUGAUAACACAGCAGCUAUCCGGAAUUUAAAGAGAAAGAAAUGUAUAGAGCCAGAGGACAUUGUGGCUUCUAUUUUAGAAGAUGAUGAUAGCUCAAAUGAGCGAUCAAAAAGGAAAAAGAAGAAAAGCCCUCCAACCAAACCCCCAGCAUUUAAAGGGUUGGGCUCACUGAUGUCAUCACUGUCAGUCUCUAAGGAGACAAAAGCACCUGGAUCUUCAUCUGCUCCACCUAAAACUGGCGUGACUGUCGGCAGUGAGACAAAAGCAAGUCCUACAUCUGGUGAAAGUAAGAGAAAGCAGGAACCCAAAGCCAAUGGCGAAAGACCUAUCAAGAAGACCUCCACCGAUGUGCACCGGAGAGAUGAAACAGAUAGUGGUAGUAGUAGUAGCAGCAGUGGCGAGUCUAGCAGUGAUACCGACUCAAGUUCUUCCACAUUCCCAGUUGCUAAAGCAAAUGUCUCCCAGAAGAGCGGAUCUAAGGAACAAACCAAUUCAAAAGCUAAACAGUUUCAGGAUAAUCAGAAGCGCCUGGCCGCGAUGGAGGAACGGAGAAAAGAACGGGAGCAGCAGAAACGGGCUAUUCAAGGAGCUCUGCUUAAACUGGAUUCCCAAUCUGCAAAGAAGAGUCAUCACAUUGUGUUUAAUUCUGAAUCUGAGGAGGAAAGUGAGAAGGAAGAGGAAGCAAGUACGAGCAACGUACACAGUGGCAAAACAAAUCCUGGAAAGGCUAAGUUGUUUGAGAGCAGCGGAGAAGAUUCGGAUGAUGAAGAAGAGAAAGAUGACAAGAGAUUUGAAAUAAAGGCUCAAUAUGAAGGCCGAUCUGGGGAGAAGCUCAUGCAGUUGCAGUCCCGCUUUGUAACUGAUGAACGGUUCAAAAUGGACGCACGAUUUUUAGAGGACAGUAGCGAGGGUGAGGAAGACACAGAGCAAUCACAGAAAUUACAGGCAAAUGAUGACGAUGAUGGUCUAUCGGCUGAAAAGAAGAAGAACCUUGACAUCUUGCAAAGUGUCCUCAACAUUAAUGUGGAGCCCCAGGCAACAAGCAAAAAGGCAGCUAAAGCAAAGACAUUUAAGGAUCUCAAUGCCCUUCAGUACGAUCCCACCAAGGAGGACCACACCGUUUUUGAAACAAAAGUGACAGAAGAGAAAAAAGAAAGCAAAUCCGAGAGGAAGAAGCAGCAACUGGAAGCUGAAAAACUACCUGAGGUCUCCCAAGAAACCUUCCAUGAGGUAUUAGUGGACUUUAAAGAGGUAUUUGGAGCCCCAAGACCUCAAGCCAUGGAGGAACCAGAGACAACAUGGGACCAAGCAGAAGAACCUCAAAAGAUGGAAGUUGAGGACUCGAUCUCGGAUAUGGACUUUGGUUUUCAGAAGUCGGAGGAGCCUGCGGGAUUCACAUUUUCUUUCUUUGGUACAAGUACGGAGGAGAGCGUCUCUCAGGAUGAACCAUAUAAGAUUGAAACUAUUAAGACAGCUAAAGUGGCCUGGCAGGAAGACCCUAGAUUCCAAGACAGCAGCUCUGAAGAGGAAGAGGAGGAUGCAGCUGUAACAGUCAAUACAAGCUCCUUGUCCGAGAAAAGCAGCAGCAUCAGAUUUUUCUUUUUUGUGAAAGACGACACGCGGUUAAAAGAGGGUCCAAAGAUGUUCUUCAGAUCUUCAAAAUCGGAGGAAAAGGCAAAAUACUGGGAUGACAUGAGAGACACCGUCAUGGAGGAAUGCAAGAAAAGGCACAGAGAUGCAAAGAGGAAGCUGAAAUCCAAGUAUUAACCUCACCUUAGCACAACAGUCCAGUUAUUUCACAUGUACACCGGACACAUUACUGUGAAGAACUGCUUAAAAGGGUUUAACAAUAAACAUAAAAUUUCCUAUCCAUGGGGGAUAUUUGGAUUAUUAUUGGGAGUCCAACCAUUGGGCCACCUGCACACCCCUCCCCUCCACUGAGUCAUGUACGAAUUGAACAGUAGUCCACCAAUCCCAUAGACACAUAGUGAAUGGAGUGGAGGUUACACCUGCACAGUACAGAUCCAUAUACACAGGGGACUCAAGGACCAGACCUUCAGCAAUCAUACAUUUAUCACUUAUCCUGUGGAAAGGGGAUGAAUGUCGUUUAUGGGAAAACCCUUUAAAAUCCCAGUACAAUGACCUGUAAUUGGUGUACUUAAUGAGAGGAGCCAUAAAACUGCUUCCUAUGGAAGAAAUCAUCCACACACCAUUACUACAAAGACUUUAUUUAAAUGGACAGCAAACAUGGAUUUAACCUGGAAAAAAGACAGGCAAAGAUAUUUUUUGUAAAGGAUUUUUUGUUUGGUUUUGUAAGAAUCUAAUUUGUGAAUAAAAA